AUGUUUAAGAGUGAAUUAUUGUUGGACCGGGCAGCUGCUGCCAAACAACAGAGAAGCCGGAACCGAGAGGCGGAGAGACAGGAGCGGAUAUUUAACGACAAACACAGGACUAUUGGGAUUGAUAAGGAAGCCCUUGACAUGCAGGUGAAGGAAAAGAAGAAACAAGAAGAGGUAGAAAAAAAGGAGCAGAAGGCGCAUGAUGCAGAAGCGCUCCAUCACAGCAGAGUUGCCUACCUUCUCCAAAACAGACAACACAAGCAGAAACGCUCGAUGGAAAAGGACACGGUCAGCUACCGCCAGCAGUACCAGCAGCCCUGGUGUCGGCGGGAGUACGACCUGAACGACCCAGAACGCUGCAAGAAAACAAGCCCAGCAGACGCCCAGAUGAUGCCCCCUGGCCUGGUGGGCGAAGACCCGCACUGUAAGGACCGGGUGCAGAGACAGAGGGUGCAGCUACGAGGGUGGCUCAUCCAACAGCAGAACGAGCAGGCGACAGAGAGGCAGCGACAGAGGCUGGAGGAGCAGCAGUAUAACCAGUACAGACUGGACAUGGACAACCACGCUGUACAGCUUCAGAGCAUUGAGAUGGAGAGGAGAAAAGCAGCAGCGGUAGCAACUAAAGACUACAAUCUGGCUAUGAUUCAAGAAAAACAUCGCCAAGAAUCGGAGCAUCGCAAUGAUGAAAGUGACACAGAUUCAGGUGACAAACCCGCCCAGAGCAUGAUGGGAGCGCCCGGCCUUUGCCCCAGCAGCGACAGGAGACCCCCACCUGAGACCCCGCAACAGAUCGCAGAGUUCCAUAAACGUCAAAUGGAGGAGAAAAAGAGGACAGCUGUGAAUAAGAAUAACGAAGAGGAGAGGUACGAUCGCGUCCGCAUACACUCGGCUCGUACGGCUCUGCUUAUCGAGAGGCAGCAGGCGAAGCUAAACAAGCAGCUGCAGAGGCAACUGGACAGCACCAACCUCAAACUGGCAGAAACACAUAAACAACUGACACCGGACAUUGCGAGGGGUCGCAUUGAUGAAAGCUUCUUCUCCAAGUUCAACACCAGCAGCCGAUGA